AUGAAUAUUCCAUCCUUUCAGCAUAAGCUGCCAGCCGCCCCCUCGACCGCCCCCUCGCUGCCCAGCCACCCCGUGAACCCCAACCACCGCGUGCAGAGCCACUUCUCCACCCUGGCGGGGGGUGGCCAGAAGGGCUCCUGGAGCAUCGAGAAGCCCGCCAAGACCGACGUCCAGGCUGUCUAUAAAUCACUUACAGGGGCCAAGCUGUACCAGUUUGUGCAGCGCUACCUCAUGACGAAGGAGCAGCUGCUGGAGAACGGUUAUCCACACGCACACCCCGACGUCAAGGGCAAGGCCGUCUGCAAACUUGACAGUCGCGCGGUGCUGAGCCCCAGCCCCACGGAGCGCUACUGCAGCCGCUGCAACGCCCUCUUCGUCGUGGACGACUGGGGCUUCCCUAAGGCCAUCGUCAGCUGCGCGUAUCACUGGGGGCGGGCAAACAAGCGGCGCGUGGCAACGGGCCUGGAGACGCGCUACAGCUGCUGCAUGGGGGACCUGCAGAGCGAGGGCUGCUGCCUCGCCUCUACACAUGUCUCCGACAACCUCAACCCUGACAACUACACCGGCUUCGUCAGCACACUCCCCCCAAACCCCGGCACCUCGUCCCACCAUGCCGUCUAUGCCCUGGAUUGCGAGAUGUGUUACACGACGGGAGGCAGUGAGCUGACGCGCGUUACCGUGGUUGAUCACGACAGCCGGGUGGUCUACGAGAGUUUCGUGCAACCCCACAACCAGAUACUCGACUACAACACUAGGUUCUCCGGCAUCACGGAGGAGCAGCUGGAGGAUGUGACGACGACGCUGCGUGACGUGCAGGCAGCGCUGCUGACGCUCUUCAGCUCCAGCACCGUCCUCGUGGGGCACAGCCUCGAAAGCGACUUCAGGGCGCUCAAGUUGAUCCAUCACACGGUGGUGGACACGAGCGUGCUGUUCCCCCACAAGAUGGGCCCGCCUUACAAGCGAGCGCUGCGCAACCUCGCUUCGGAACACCUCAAGAAGAUCAUCCAGAACGACGGUGACUCCUGCUGCCCUCGCCACGACCUCAACUUCUGAUAACACUGCUCCUCCUAG